AUGAUUAAUGGCUCAGAGGGUCUAUUCUCACCUCCCCGAAUUUCUCCAAAUUUUAGCACAAAGUCACUCUCAGAUGAAUCUAGUCCGUGUCGAAUAGCAGUCGAUCGACCUAGAGAUACACGUUCGUUUCCCCCCUGCAACGGUGCUCAUAGCUCCGCUACGCAUGUGAGUGAUGCAAAUCCAACUUUAUUGUAUGGAUUACCUCCCACUUUUAAUUGUGAAAAUCCCCGUCAAAGCUGUGUCAAACGGCCCGUUCAGAUUCUCGAUGCAUCUAAACCACUGAAAGAUCCCACUAAUCCCUGUAACGAGUCCUUAAAUUCGAAAGAAACAGCUGUCCCGGCUGGGAUAGAUUUUAUGCCAACCACCGCGCAUAAAGCGGCAGUGCCUUCAAAUAAUAUGGAAGAGUACUUAUCAGAAAUUCCCCUGCACAAUGUAACGUCCGAACGAACUUCGGGCUUUCGGCAAACAAAUUUAGCGACGCCAUCUCCAUUCCUGGCCAGGACGACCAAUACAAGUAACACUCUAAAGGAACAGGAUGUAUCAGCAAAUGUUAAGUUAGAUAACGAAACAACACCGAAUAGAAGACAUCAACAGAAACCCGAGAAUCUCGGCUUGCCGGAUGACGAUGAUGUGGUUACGGAGUUUCUUAGUUCUCACGGUGAUCCGCAACCUAUCAAAAACUUACCCAGUGUAGAAGAUGGCCUUUCUAGUGGCAGCGAAUUGGACACUCCUCACAUACGCUAUAAAAACAAAAACCAAGAUGGGAGCCACUUACCAUNCAGCCCAGAUUCCGCUCGUGAUUUGUUCCCCGGCGUUUCUCACGAACCGCGCCCUUGGAGGCCUCCCGAGAAACCCGUUACUGAUGAGACACUGGUAAACCCACCUUUGGUUCAAGACAUAUGGGAUAUUGUCCACGAAAUCAAACAAACUUUGAACGCUGAUAAGGCCGGAUUCGGUCAGUCCGUGGAAUCCAACCAUGUGUUUUCCAACAGAGGAUCACAUGUUUCCAGUUCUUCCAAUUCAGAUGUUUCUUCGUCGUCUCGGAACAGAAAUAAUAAUAAUAAUAAUAAUAAUAAUAAUAAUAAUUUCAAUAACACAGAGCCAUGCCGUACUGAAGAAACCCGUCCCACUACAGCUCCUGCGGACUCCACGCAAUUCCGAAAUCCCUACAUACGAACAAAGGCGAAUGUUGAUACUGGGUGUCCAUCGAUCGCCGACUAUGUGGGUAUUGCCUAUGUUCGCGAUGCGCUUAAUAAGGAGUUUUGGUUGAUUGAGUUCUCUGGGCUGAAAUCACUUCGAUGCUGGAAUCUUCCUGUUUCAGCUGUCAUCCACUUACUGCCCACCUAA